AUGGAAGAAGAUGAGGUCUUCCGCAUCUACUCUAUGCUUCACCUCAUAUUCCACCGCAACAGGAAUCAGCAUGGCAGGACAAAGUGGUGGAAAUGGCUCUCGAUUCUGAAGCGAGCCGUCUGGAAUCUAGCUAUGUCUCUGAGCUCGAGCAAGCAAGGAGAUUUCCGCACCUCUGCUGAAAAUUAUAAACAAUAUUUGGCCGAUCGGGUUCUACCGAGGUGUUACCUGGCCUUUUCGGUAGUCAUAGCAGAUGUCCAGUUCUCCGCUCUUGGCGCUGUACUCUUCGCUAUCCUUGCACAGCUCUCAAAAUCAACUGGCAUUGCUGAAGAAUUUAAGUUGCCGUCUCCGGUAGAAACUAACCAUAAUUCACUCGCAUCUUACACAGAGGUACCUACACGCAUAGAUGAUAUAGGAGAAGCGCUGCCACGGCCUGCAGAGCCAUCGGAAGUUGCUGAGGACUUCCAGUUGCAGCAGCCCGUUAAGCCCGUUUUGGCAGUGUCGAAUAAAUCAAGCGCGUCUCAAACUCUAAACGUGACGGAACCCGAGAAGAAAAUGAAGAAGAAGAAGAAGCAGAAGGAGAAGGGGUCGGAAACGAAGAAGCGGAGGAAGGAAAAUGCGAUAGAUGAUCUUUUUGAUGGGCUGUUUUGAUAAACACCCGGUUGGACCUAGACCUUUUGUACUCUUGAUGAGAUUUCCCAAACAGAUUGCUUCAUAAAGUUAUAUCCGGACCACAUAAUACAGAUACU